UGUCUUGAAGUUUUAGUCACAAGAUAUAUCUACUUAAUAGAUAUAAUAGUUGCUUAAGCAUUUUUAAGUUUUGAAAGUCAAAUUACAUUCACCAUGAGUUUGAGACGUAAAAUGUCUCGUUAUGCUACCGAUUGUAAAUUGUAUGUUGGAGAUUUAGGAAGUAAUGCUUCAAAACAAGAAUUAGAAGAUGCAUUUAGUUAUUACGGUCCCUUGCGUAAUGUUUGGGUUGCUAGAAAUCCACCAGGAUUUGCAUUUGUUGAAUUUGAAGAUCCUAGAGACGCAGAAGAUGCUGUUAGGGGAUUAGAUGGUCGAACCGUUUGCGGUAGAAGAGCACGAGUUGAAAUGUCUAAUGGAAAAAGUGGUGGUGGAGGUCGUUACCGUGGUCCUCCACCAAGAUCACGUGGUCGACCAUUUCAUCCAGAUGAUAGAUGCUAUGAAUGUGGAGAUCGUGGACAUUAUGCAAGAGAUUGUACUCGACAUCGUAAAGGUGGAAGCGGUCGUCGAAGAUCUAACAGUCGUAGUAGCCGAGAUCGAUCUAGAUCACGUUCAAAAGAUCGUCGCAGUCAUUCACGAAGUGAAUCCGAUCGCUCCAGAUCCCGUUCACGGGGCAGAAGAGAUAAGUCUAAAUCAAAAUCUCCACGUUCUGGUUCGGAGGGUGGAGGGCGUCAUCAUCGAAGUCGUUCAAACAGUCGAAAUAAUGAUAAAUUAAGAUCAAAAUCUAGGUCGCAUUCACGAUCAAAAUCGAGGUCACGCACAGAAAAUGGAGUUACUUCUCCAAAAAAUUGAAAAUUGUACAAAAGCUCAUGUCA